CUGGGUUUCGGAGCCUCCCGUUUUCAAGCAGUUCCCCGCCUCACUAUUGUCGCAGCCAACAAAGUCCUUUGUCGAUUGGGGCCCACUGCUCACAAGCUUCUGGCAUUCUGAAUUGUCUUAGCCCGGUUUGUGACUAGCAGUGACUCUCUCUCCAGCAUCUGAUCCUUCGACCGGGUCCGACACUGAGAGUAUCCUUGUUACAACAAACAAAAUCGUAUUCUAGUUGAAGAUACCGGACAUCAUGGCCGACCUACAAGGACGUAAGGUCUUCAAGGUCUUCAAUCAAGACUUUAUCGUGGACGAGCGGUACACAGUCACCAAGGAAUUGGGCCAAGGGGCUUAUGGUAUUGUUUGCGCAGCAGUUAAUAAUCAGACGAAUGAAGGUGUUGCCAUCAAGAAGGUUACCAAUGUAUUUAGUAAGAAGAUCCUCGCUAAGCGCGCUUUGCGUGAGAUCAAGUUGCUACAGCACUUCCGAGGCCAUCGCAAUAUCACGUGUUUGUAUGAUAUGGACAUUCCUCGACCAGACAACUUCAAUGAGACGUACUUAUAUGAAGAACUUAUGGAAUGCGAUCUUGCUGCCAUCAUCCGCUCUGGCCAGCCCCUGACCGAUGCCCAUUUCCAAUCGUUCAUAUACCAAAUCCUGUGUGGUCUCAAAUACAUUCACUCAGCCAACGUGCUACACCGUGAUCUCAAGCCUGGCAACCUGCUAGUCAACGCAGAUUGCGAGUUGAAGAUUUGCGAUUUCGGUCUGGCAAGAGGUUUCUCUGUCGACCCCGAAGAAAACGCUGGCUAUAUGACUGAAUACGUAGCCACUAGAUGGUACCGUGCACCUGAAAUCAUGUUGAGCUUCCAAAGCUACACGAAAGCUAUCGAUGUCUGGUCUGUUGGCUGCAUUCUUGCUGAGCUUCUUGGUGGUCGUCCUUUCUUCAAGGGUCGGGACUACGUCGAUCAGUUGAACCAGAUCCUGCACAUUCUGGGCACGCCCAAUGAGGAGACUCUUGCGCGAAUCGGAUCCUCUCGAGCCCAGGAAUACGUGCGCAACCUGCCGUACAUGGCCAAGAAGCCUUUCCAACAACUGUUUCCCAAUGCGAACCCCGACGCUCUCGACUUACUCGAUCGCAUGCUCGCGUUUGAUCCGUCAUCACGUAUCUCUGUGGAGGAAGCCCUUCAACACCCAUACCUAAAGAUUUGGCACGAUGAAACGGACGAACCUGACUGUCCCACCACAUUUAACUUUGAAUUCGAGGUUGUCGAAGAUGUCGGAGACAUGCGCAAGAUGAUCCUGGACGAAGUAUACCGCUUCCGACAGCAGGUCAGGACAGCACCUGCAGCGGGUGGGCAACAAGGUAUCGGACAACAGCCUCAGGCUGGGCAGGUGCCUUUGCCUCAAGGACAGCAGCAACAAUGGACCAGUGAAGACCCCCGGCCACAAGAAUACCAGAACCAGAUGGGUGGACUGGAAGCUGACUUGGCUGGCGGCUUGGAUAGACGAUGAAAUGGAUAUUGAUACCACGCUCUAUAACUACUAUUAGAAAGGGAAAAGUUUAAAUUUGCCCCUUUGGAGACCCCCCACAGCGAUACAUACUUCUCAAACCCAGGUACUGG